AAUUUGUCAGAGGGUUAAAGGGAUGACGGGAAAUAAACAUUGUAUUUCCUAUGCCUUCACAGUUUUCACAAUUAAUUAACAAAAAUUAAAAUUUUAGUAAUAUUUUACACAUAAUGGCUUUUGAUCUUGCAGAAAGGUUUCCCAAGGUAACAAAAUAUUACGCACUCCUUGAUCCUGGACAAUACCAAUGUAUUUUCGAUAGAAAACAAAAAGAAAGCGUAGCACCAUUCCUUUCAAAAUCCCCUCGUGUUUGUCAAAAAGGUAAUAAGAUCUGGACACAUGCUGCAUACAGCCCUAAGAGCGACCGGCACAUUCCAAAUUGUACGUCAAUUCGUUCAACAGUUCCACGAUUUAAAUACGAAGCAAUCACAAAUGAUGCAUUGGAUGAAAUUAUUUGUCAAUGUGAUAAAAAUAUAUGUGAAUGCUUACCAAAAAACGAAGAACCCGAGUUGAAAACUGAAGACCCUGACCGUCCGCGUAUAUUUAUAGGACCUUAUCCCAGGGCAAUGAGUGAUAGUGGGUUAUCGGUACCAUGUAGAAGAGAUCGUGGAUUUCAAUUUUUUCCUGAUGGUAGAAAGAAACGUGUCCUUGAAGGCUUUAAGGCUGGUCCCCCACUGUAUGAUGCUGUAGUACGUGAAUUUACUACUUUUUACCGUGGAUGCAAAUGGAGCCACUGGACAGCGCGGAGAUCUACCAAAACUGUACACGAUGGUCCAGGUCCAGCAGAUUAUACCAUAGAACAUGGACCUACUGAAACAGAAAAGUGUGCGGAAAAGAUCCGUGCAGAGAAAAGAAGAAAAUCGAAACAGUACAGGUACAUUGAAAUGGUUCAACAAAAGAAUAUAAGAGAAAAUCUACCUGGCCCAGCUAGUUACAGUCCAAAACCACCUAAAGGAACGGAAUUGAAGUUCUUAGGUUCGAAAGCUGAGAGAUUUCAAAUUUCUAAAUACGAAGUAAUUCCUGGACCUAAUGCUUAUACAAUUAAACGUACAUUUGAUUUACCAGAGCCACCAGACACUUAUUGUCAUGCAAAAUUGCCUCCCAUAGCUCCUUUUGGAUUUAAAGCGCCAAGGUUUAAACGAACCACGCAUCAGGCGCCUGGACCAGCUGACUAUGAAACUACUCGCAAGAUUUGUAACAUUAUGAUCUGUUCAAAAGCACCUUUUGGGUCAUUUACAAAACGGUUUACUGAAACAAAAAUCCUCGAUGAAAUUGCUGAGGAAGAAAAUGAAAUUAAGGAAGAAGAACAACAUGAAAAAUGUAUCAAGUCAAGUUGGAUGUUCAAGUCUAACGCCAAGAGAAUGACACCUCUGGAGAAGAACUUCUGUGCUCCCAGUCCCGCAGAUCUACCUAUGAAGAUGAAUGACACAAAAAGAUCUUUGCCGUUGCAAAAAACAGCACCUUUUUAUACAUCUACCGAACGUUUUCAGCCUUGGUACAACUUCAUACCAAUACAAAAUUUGGAUGAAACUCCUGGGCCUGCACAAUAUAGGCUUGAUAAGCCGUCGUGUACACCCGCUGUAGUGCGGGGACCCUUAUAUAGGUCUAAACGUUUUGAUUAUUCAAUUUCCAAUACACCCGCAUGUAAUAAUUAUAAUAUUGGAGGUGGAGUCGAGACAGUAUUACACACAAGCAGUGUAAGGGUUAAAGAUAAUAUUAGGAAAAGACGUGGAUUCAGUUGGAAAGCAUUGAAACAAAAGAGUAAAUUAAGUGAUAAAGAAAGAGAAUCGCUGUUAUUAAAUAAUUGCAUUGCUUUGCUGAAUGUUGACCUCUUUAGUGAUAAAAUUUCUAAUACGGGUAAAAAUCAGUCUACAGCUCCCGAUAAAAAAGACAAAUUGUUACAGUGCUUUUUGUAUCGCCAUCCUGUACCUAAUUAUUUUUAGGUUUAUAUGAAAAUCGAAAUACGACUAGAGAAAAUGGUACUGAAACUGUUUUAGCUACGAUUGUACCUUAUUGUAGCAUCUGUACUUGCCUUACACCAAAUAAAGCUUGAUAAAUACUUUAAAAAAAGUAGUAAUACAUCUUACCAGGGCAUGCAUCUGGGCUUAAUUCUUAAGUUAACAGAUUUAUUUCGUGUUAUUGGACAGGACAACAGUUAAUUUUCUUUCUUGAAUUAGCAGAGGCGUUUAUCUUCCUAAGUUACAUUAACAAAUAAAAAUGUUUCGUUGUAGUCCACUGUGAAGCGUAUUUAUAUCAUCACUUUUUAUG